UAGUAUAAUAUCGCUAUCACAAGAAUUGUAUUAUGAAUAGUUUAUCACAAGCACCAAUUUCUUUUAUUGCAUAAGUUGGCGGCGGCCUAUAUCAAUGAAACGAAAAACAAGGGAGCAAAAGGCAGUAGUUAAGUACGCUGAUGAUUUGGUCCUCGAUAUAAAUGACGGGCCAAUCAGGGGCGUCCUACAGGAAACUGAUAGCGGAAAGACGUUUUACGCCUUCAAGGGUAUUCCAUACGCCCAACCGCCCCUCGGUGAACUAAGAUUUAAGCCGCCCCGGUUUCCGCAGCCCUGGUCUGACGUCCUGGAUACAACUGAAGACAGUCAAUCUUGUAUAUCCGUAAAACACUUCGACAAUGCAGAUGCGGAAAGCGAGGAUUGCCUCUAUAUCAAUGUAUAUACGCCCUCACUGAAACCGACUGAAAACCUGGCCGUUCUAUUUUGGAUCUACGGUGGUGGAUUCACCAACGGCAACAGCAGCGAGGAAUUAUAUGGGCCGCACUACCUCAUCGAGGAAGACGUCGUCCUUGUUACUUUUAAUUACAGACUGGGUCCGUUCGGAUUUGUGUCGACUGGCGAUUCCGCAAUAUCUGGAAACGCGGGUCUCAAAGACCAAAGUUUUGCCCUCAAUUGGACGUACCACAACAUCCAACUCUUCGGGGGCGAUCCCAAGAAGAUCACCAUAUUCGGUCAGAGCGCGGGAGGAGCAUCUUGCGGCCUCCAUUUGAUAAGCAAAAAAUCCAGCGGUUUGUUUAGAGCGGCCAUUUGCCAGAGCGGAUCGGCCCUGACGUACUGGACCGCUUUAGAAGAUCCCUUGGCCUACGCUUACGACUUGACUAAAUUGAUAGACAGCAGUCUGGUAGAUAAGAACGAUACCUAUCGCAUACGAGACGUCCUCAAAAACGCGACUGUAGAGGAAAUUACGCAGGCAGUCUAUAAUCUUGCGGCUACAAACAGACAAGUAUGGCCCGUUGUGGAACCAGAAAGCGAAGACGCAUUCAUCGCAGAGUCGCACUACGCAUUGCUCGAAUCUGGCAAUUUCCAAAGGGUUCCGCUUAUGACGGGAGUCACGUCCGAGGAAUCCCUAUAUUUCAUUCCCGAUAUAUGGACCCUACUGGCUGCAGCAGUAGGUUACGACCUCAGCCCGGAACAACUUGUCCCUUCAAAUUUCCAUCCAAUUUCCAAUGUAACCCAAAGGGAAGUCGGCCAGCAGAUUGCAAACAUUUAUUUAAAAAAUGGAGGAGGUUUUCUCACCAAUUUAGCGGCAGUGAUUAAGUUCAACACGGAUAACGGAUUUGUUAGAAGUGUCCUGAAGCAAGCGGAGCUUCAUUCAAAUUAUGCUCCGGUAUAUUUGUACCAGUUUUCAUUCUACGAACCAUCUGCGAGCAUUGGAGUACAAUUACCAGGAAAUGAUACCGGAAAGGCAGCACACACUGCCGAACUGAGAUACUUGUUUAACAUUACCGCUUAUCGGGGAAGUGAAGUUUCUGCUGAGGGUCUACUAACUCGAAAAAGAAUGACCAAACUAUGGAGCAACUUCGCGAAAACCUUGAAUCCCACUCCUCAGGUGACGGAAUUGUUUCAAAAGGUCACGUGGCUCCCGAUCGAAGCGGAUCACCUGACGUAUUUAAAUAUCGACGAGAUGAUGUCAAUGGAGCCGUACCUCAAGCAAACAACUUACCAAAAAUGGAACGAAAUAUUCGACAAAUAUGCUCAACACCCAUUGGUGACUUAUUAAGACAA